GGGCGAACACUGGUACGGUGGAAGUUAUAGCAAAAACCCGUUUAGGCAUUUACCGCCUGCCUUGUCACUUUCGCGGCUGGAGAACAGGCUCGCGUGGUCCCGGGCUCGAAACCCUGAGAUAAAGCCACAUAUGACACAGACGCAUGGGGCCAGUGUGAUGUGCGGAGCGCAUCAAGGGGGCCGGGAGGAGCGACUCCAAUCACCAGCGCUGUUCCUGGCUGAGUUUCCCUGGCUGACGUCAGCUGACUGCCUCGGCUCCCCGCUCCUCCGGACACGGCGCCGUGUAAAAAUGCUGCUCUCGGUGCCGCCAAGGACAGGAAUCAACCCGUACAACGGCUACGCCGGCAAAAACAGCAAGAAGCAGACGUAUGUGUCCCCCUCCAACCAUCAGAUGGCUCCACCAAGCCCUAACAACAACAACAGCAACAGCAACACCACCACUACCAUCAGCAAUGGCAGUGGUGGCAGCAGCAGCAGUGGGGGAGAGCAGCUGAGCAAAACCAACCUGUACAUCCGUGGCCUCCACCCGGGAACCACAGACCAGGAUCUGGUCAAACUCUGUCAGCCGUAUGGGAAAAUCGUAUCCACCAAGGCCAUCCUGGACAAGACUACUAACAAGUGCAAAGGCUAUGGCUUUGUUGACUUUGACAGUCCAGCUUCAGCUCAGAAGGCAGUGACAGCGCUGAAGGCGGGUGGAGUGCAGGCUCAGAUGGCCAAGGUAAGAAUACAACAGGAGCAGGACCCCACCAACCUAUACAUCUCCAACCUGCCACUGUCCAUGGACGAGCAGGAGCUGGAGAACAUGCUGAAGCCAUUCAGCCAGGCUAUUUCCACACGCAUCCUCCGUGAUGCCAACGGAACCAGCCGAGGAGUAGGCUUUGCCAGGAUGGAGUCAACAGAGAAAUGCGAGGCCAUCAUCCAGCAUUUCAAUGGAAAAUAUAUCAAGACUCCACCUGGAGUUCCAGUGCCGUCAGAACCCUUGUUGUGCAAAUUUGCUGAUGGAGGCCAGAAGAAGCGCCAGAGCCAGGGAAAAUAUCUGCAGAACGGCCGGCCCUGGACGAGAGAUGGGGAGAAUGGAGGAAUGACCCUUACCUAUGACCCCAGCACAGCCUUACAGAAUGGGUUCUACUCCUCUCCGUACAGCAUUGCGCCCAACCGGAUGAUUGGACCGACCUCCCUCUCGCCAUACAUGCAUUCACCGGUGUCCACUUACCAGGUACACAACCCAUCCUGGAUACAUCACCAGUCGUACAUCAUGCCACCCACAGGAGCAGUCCUGACACCAGGAAUGGACCACACCAUGUCCAUCCAGCCGACCUCGAUGAUAGGGCCACUGACACAGCAGCUCAGCCACCUCUCCAUGGGCAGCAGUGGCACGUAUAUGCCUGCAAACACAUCUAUGCAGGGGACCUACAUCCCCCAGUACACCCAAGUGCCUGCCACCAACAUCUCAGUUGAGGAAAGUACCGUCCAACAACCUGUUGCCAUAGAGACACCAACAGAACACACAACCUACUCCUACCAGCAUAACAAGUGAAGAGAUCUUCCUCUGGAACCGCAGUGACUCUCAAGGGGCCCAAGUGCUGAAAUUCGGCACAGUGACUCUGCACGUAAGGCACCAGACACUCGGGAGGAACGUGGACUGUUACACAGAAAUGACAAAAAAAAAAAAAAAAAAAGAAAAGAAAAAAAAUUUCUACAAACUCAUAUUUUAAAACAAACUCUUUCACUCCAAACAAGCAAGGCUGGAGGAAAGCAGGCAAUGGGAAAUGGAAGAACAGAACAAGGAGCGUCUAUUUUGAUAACAGUCAAGAAAAAAAGUCACACACAGACACACAUUACGCAUGUUUAAAAGAUUUAUUUGAACAUUAUUCUUAUUUUUUUCUAAUACUACUCUGGGGAGCUAGAAUGAAACCAGGAGAAGAACAUUUCAACACCAUGAUUUAUUUUGAGUCAUAUUUUGCUUUGACCUUUUGUAAGAUGUGCUGAUUUUACUUCUUUUUCUUUUUUGGUCUGAUACUAUAAGGCUUUGAACCUGCCUUUUUGUACAUAAUUCUUUGUUUUGGUGUGUUCCUAGCUUCAUGUGGCCUAGUUUGAUUGAUUUGUGCAAAUGUUUGACAACAGAAGGCUCAAAAAAAAAACAAAAAAAAAAACUGAAGUCAUUCAAAAAGCUGAUGACUCAUAUUUUAGACAGAUAUGGUGCUGACUUGGAUUAGCUUCUCUUGAAGUGGCGGCGAGUUUUUCGGGUAUGAAACCUUACCUGAAGUGGUCUCACUUCUCUUUGGCACUUGACUCUCAAAUUAUUUAUGGUUCCAACAAUCUCGACAAAGCUUCAGACAAUCAGAAGAUUAAAAAGAAGAGAAAGUUUAGAGACGGCGGUCAUUAAUGACAGAUUUCACAAAGAAGACUUUUUUAAGAGAGCUUAAUAGAUUUAAAGCAUUCCAGAGAUUAUCAAAAAGUUCUAAAUAUUGAUUGACUUUGAGCUGCUCCACUUGACGAAAUCCAAAGUUGACAGGGAUCACAUCUCAUGCAGAGCUGCCUGUAAAUAAGAGAUUUAAAUUUAUUUAGGCUUUCUUUUGACUUUCUUUUAUCAAUGUAGUAAUGGUUCGGUUAUUUUAAUAACAACAUUGUACCAACUUGUCUGAACAAAGCAAUUUAUGCGUUGCUGUGUUUUCUGUUUUCCCCUCAUGUCCCUUUUAUAAAAGGGGAAGCUGAAUCUCCACUAAAUCCCAAAAAAUGUAUUUUCUGAAGCAAGACUUAGAUGUUGUUAUUAGAGUAAGAAGUUCUUAUUACAUAGACAUGGAAAGCGACUGAUAAAGCGUGGCUCUGCCCUGUUAUAUCUUCAGAAAACACUAUCUAGGUGGCUGAUUAUGGCCAGUAGAGAGAUGAUUUAAGACUGGCCAUUGCUGUGUGUUUGCAUCUGCUUCUGCAUUUCUGUUUUUCACCCUCAUGGUUUUUUUUUGUUUUGUUUUUUGUUUUUUUUACAUUUCUUAUUUAAAGGUUUCUCACAUUUUUUUAAAAAUUCAGUUUUAUUACUUUUAAGAUUGAUCCUGUUUUUCAAAGAAGUUUUGAUUUUAUUUUUGAUAGAGUGUUGAGUGUUUCAAAUAGUGAGAAAUAGUUGUUUUCCACUUUUUUUUUAAAAGAGUGAUUUGUUUGUAUGUUUGCAUACUUCUCUUGUUCUGGUUUCAGUGUUGAUGUCAAAGAGGCUUUAAUGGUUUUUUCGUUUUUUUUUUUUUUUUAAGACAUUUCAGUUCUGUCUGUGUCACAAAUGUUGGCACUUUAUGAAACAUGACUCCUGAUCAUGGAUGAAUUAUGUAUGCUAGGUUCAGAUACAUUGUUACAGAGUUGUACCCCAAGCAGUUGGGAACAAUGUAAGAGAAAUAUAUGUUCAAAACCUUGACUUACCUCAUCCUGCCAGAGCAAUGUAGAUUCAGUUUGUGUACAAGGUUCACAGGCAAUAACCAACUACAGUAGGUCUCAUGGCUGCUCACAGCUGGUACUGUGUCCACAUCCUUUAACUCUUCCGUCCAAUGCCCGGAAAACAUGCCCAAGGUCUGAUGAUCUAUGCAAUUAAUUUAUUAUCCUUAUAAAUGCAAUACUACCGAUAUCCAAGAGACACCUCACAUUAUGACAAUGGAUCACCUCACAAGAUGACUUCACAUUCUGGCUAACGUGGAUUUUAUCUUUCACUAUACAUACAUUGAGAUUUUUUUUUUCUGACUGACACAUUCAUCUUUGGUUCAUUAAUUGUCAGUAAAAUUGCUGCAUUAAAAGGGAAGUAUUUCAUACCAAAAUGUGGUUAAUAUGACUGUAGGAAAUGUAGGAACUAUAAAAAAAAAAAAAAAAAACCAAUAUGGCAAGUGUGCUUUAUGUGUAUGAAGGUGGGUGUUGCCCGCUUGUCUACCCAAUUUUUUUUUUUUUUUGGAAUAUGGACACUAUAGGGUUGUGUUAGCCAUAAUUCACUGUUCCAUCCAAUUGCAAUUUAUAUGUUCUGAUUACAUUUUGUGUUUCCUGUCUAGUCCUGUUUGUUAACUUGCUUUCUUCUUUCUCUAAAUUACUGAAACUGCUCUCUUCUCUUAAACCAUGAAACAGUUCAUUUCCAGGAGAAAAUUAAUCUUCACAGAAAUGCCUUAGAUUUCACUGGAAGGGAUUAGUGAAGUGCUACUCCGAUUUGGUGGGCUUGACCUCUGACUGGAAUUUUUUUUCGUGCACUGCUAACGUUGAAAAGAUUUUUGUAAUGUCAGAACUACUCUGAACAUAGAUCUAUGAAGCAAAGAAAUAUUUACAACUUUUAAUUACUAUUUUGUAUUCCUUUGUCAUUCCAUUAUCUUUAUCCAAAAUACUGAAGAGAAACUAAGUGGUGGCUUACUGAGUCUAAAGAACUAUUGCUGCUAAGUUUGGAUUGCUAAGAAUUUAGAAAGCUUUUAGCUGAAGGUCAUUCAAUAUUUCGAGUCACAUAUGGGACCAGUUUGUAACUUAUGUUCAACGUUGUCCAUGCAGUCUUUUUUUUGUGCAUCAAACAACUUCUCCUCAGUAAAUGUUUGUCUGUCUGUGCCAUGAUGCAGGUCCUUUGUCUCCGUCAUAGAAAAAAAAACCCUACAGCUAUUAAACUUUUAACUUGGUU